AUGCUCACAGCAAUCGCCUUGCUGACCAACCUCCUCCUCGUCGCCUCGGCGCCGGUGGGAGUCACGACAGCGGACGUCUUCCCGCCACCCAAUACCGAGGUCGACACGGGCCUCUUUCCUGACCGUACGGUCGUCGGCUUCCCGCACGUGACGCGUACUGGUGCCGAGCCCGGUGCCUUCUUCACCGCACCGGCGGACCAGUUCCCCCGCGUACAACAGCCAUUCGGACCUGUCGUACUACCUCGGCCCAAGGAUGGAAAGGCUCCCAAGAAGCCCAAGAAAGGCCAGUUCGAGCCCAUCACCUCGUGGGGGUACCUCACGCCGCGUUACUCACUGGACCCGUGCACUUGGGGUGCAUGCGACGCGUCACCCAUUGUACCGGAGCAGUGUACGCUGAGCUCUGUCCACCAACUCAUGCGUCACGGGGCCCGCUACCCGACAGCGGGGGAUGCGGCCGAGGUCUUUGCCACCCGGCUCCUGAACGCUUCCACCAUGGGCGACUUUGAAGCCAGUGGGGACCUCGCCUUCCUCAAUGACUGGACGUACAAGCUCGGCAGUGACAUCCUGAUCCCUUUUGGACGGCUGCAGUGCAUGGAGCUCGGCGUAAGAAGCCGCCUCGCAUACGGCCAGCUCCUCAACGACUUCACCGAGAAGGGCACCCUCCCAGUGUUCCGCACCGGUAGCAUCGACCGGAUGGUAGAGACGAUGGAGGCAUUUGGACAGGGCUUCUUCGGACGCGAUUCCAACAAGCAGUUCAGCAUGACGAUCGCGAUUGAGAGCAAUGGCAUCAAUGCCACCGUAUAUCCUGGUGGGGGAACGUGCCCCAACUCGGCUCUGGACGUCGCCGCUUCCAAGCUCGGUAUGGCCGAGUUCGUCAACCGCACGAUGGCGGGGACGGCCGCCCGCCUCCAGGCCCAUGUGAAGGGAUUCACGAUCACGCCCGCGGACGUGCAGACGAUGCUGAGCCUGUGCGCUUAUGAGACGCUCGCGUUGGGGUACAGCACGUUCUGCCCCUUAUUCACGGAGGAGGACUUCCGGAACAUGGCAUACGCCUACGACAUCAUGUUCUACUAUGGUAAUGGGUUCGGUGGCCAGACGACUGCGGCGCAGGGCAAGGGCUGGGUGCAGGAAUUCCUCGCGCGGCUCACGCACACCCCCAUCGAAGUGUACGACAGCAGCACUAACUCGACCCUCGACGACAACCCGGAGACGUUCCCGCUCAACCAGAGCAUCUACGUGGACGCAUCGCACGACUCGUACAUGAUGAGCACGAUGGUUGCUCUCAACUUGACCGCCCUCAACUCGUUCGGGCGCCUCCCUACCGACGUGGACAGGAGUCUCGACGACCGCCCGUUCUACUCAUCCAAGAUUGUGCCGUUUAACACCAAUUUUGUCGCGCAGGUCAUGCGGUGUGAUGGGAGGGAGGGGGAGCAGAUCCGGUUCAUCCUCAACGACGCGAUCAUCCCCCUGCACGAGACGUACGCCGGGUGCGAAGGCGACGACGAUGGACUGUGUGCGCUCGAACACGUUGUCGCUGCGCUGCAGACGCGGGUGGCUGAGAUCGACUACCACAAGGCAUGCAAUGGGCCGCUCAUCAACAUCACGGAGACGAGCCAGCUGAGGGACAGUAACGGCAUGCCGUACGUGUAA